CAAAAAUCAAUUUUUGAACGAAAAAUUUGUUAAAAUUCUAAAUUCUCUCAAAAAUCAAUCAAAAAAAUGGUGCGCAGACGCCGCUUGCUCUCCAAGGAAGAUGGUGCCAGCGUACACACCGACAGCGGCGUUUCGCUUUCAUCGCCACCCGAUGCGCGCACAGUGCACGACGGCGCUGACGAGGAGGACACCCAGGUGGCGCCGAAGAAAAAACAAGCACGCCGACGCAUUACUACCGCAAAAGUAACGAAGCGAGGGCGCAGAAAAAGCAAAGAUGUGUUGAACGCAGCCACGCCAGUGGCAAAGAAACAGAAAACUAGUGAAGCUGCAGAUUUCAAAACUUGCGAAGGUAAUUCAUCAGAUUUCAAAGCUUGCGAAAGUAACUCAGGUAAAGGAGCGCCGGCAAUAGAACACUUACAGGACGCGGUAGAGCAAACGGUGCAUGCUAAGAAGGCAGACACGAUUGUAGCGCUUGAAAUCGGCGAUGCAGUGGAGACUGCAAGUACAACCGCAAAAAAAACUACCGCCAAGGAAUUAGCAACAGCAGCCGAUUUAACCGCAGCCGACAUAGCCGCAGCGUCUGUCAACGCAGCCUUUAUUGUCAUACCUGCAGCUGAUGCCACCAACGACGCGAUUAAUGCCGAGGACACAACAGAAAAAUCCGUAAUUAUCCUAACGACAGUUUCAGAAAACUCGAUUUCAGUGACGGAUUCAGCAUUCUCUGAGACAGACGUUACACAGUCAGCCGGCGAUUUGUCGGAACUAACGCAUACAACAAAUGACUGCAAUGAUACGGUGAAUUCGCUUGGCGAUUCCGCCUCGACUGCUGAGGCGACGCUGACGCCGGCAGCGAAUAAGCGUUCGGGCAAAGUGUUCAUGCGUAAGGUGCACGUUUGCCACAUUUGUUCGAAGCAAUUUCGUGGCAAUAACGAUCUGCGUCGUCACAUGCUCAUACAUUCGGAUGAGCGCCCAUAUAAGUGUGAGCAAUGCGGCAACUGCUAUCGGCAGGCGGUCAAUCUCAGGAAUCACAUUAAUUGCGCCCACACAAAUCAGCGACAGUUCGCUUGCGCGCAAUGCCCGAAAAUGUUUGCGGUGAAGGAGCGUUUGCGGCUGCACAUGCGUCUGCAUUCGGGCGAAAAGCCGUACGCUUGCCCGGUGUGUGAGAAACGUUUUGCGCGCGGUGGUCAUUUAAAGCAGCACGUGAUUAGCCAUCACAAGGACAGCACCAAGCAGUAUAUAUGUGAAAAAUGCUCCACCGCCUUCUCCACACCCUCUAAUUUGCGCGCACACAUGGAUCGUCAUGAAAAUGGUCCCGAGCACUAUUGUGAGAUCUGCAAGGAGCACUUUCCAAAUGAACCAGUGCUCAAGGCACACAUCAACAAGCUACACUACAAGCUGGGCCAGUUUGAUUGUGAGAUCUGCAAGGAGACCAUCGAGGAUGAUGCACUGGCCAAGCAUAUGAAGACCCACACGAAUGUGAAGACACAUGUUUGCGAGGUGUGCAAGUCGUAUUUCAUGCAGAAGUCACAGUACAAUGUGCACAUGCGUAUGCAUACUGGUGAGCGCCCGUAUCAGUGUAGGAUUUGCUGGCAAACUUACGCCUACUCCAGUGUUCUUAAGCUACACAUACGUAAGCACACAGGCGAGAAGCCAUUCCAAUGCUUGAUUUGUACGGACGUGGUUGCUUUCUCGCAAUUAGCUCACCUCAAGACACAUAUGAAGAAGAUCCACAAACAAACCAAUCCCUACAUGUGCGAAGGCUGUCACCAGUUCUUCAAAAUCAAAGCGGAACUGCAAUCACAUAUGCAACAAUGUGACAGUUGCAAUGUCGACGUGGAGGAGGAGAAUGCCAAAAAUAAUGACUCGCAAACGCUGUCACACCUACGCUUCCUUAUGGCAUUGCUGCUGAAAAAAAUCUCAUCACAGCAAAAGUUACAGAAAUUGGGCUACGAGAAGCGGCUGAUCGACAACGUUGUCGUCGCUUCACUAAAGCUAGCCAAUCGCAAAGCGUGCGAAGAUCAGUCACUGUCGGCUAUCGAACGUAUGCGCAGAAAUGUUGAAGAAUUCCUCAAUUGGAUUGUGCCGGCAAAGGCGAUGGAGACAUUUCGUCAAGAACAACAGUCCGUGGAGAAUAUAUUGGACAAAAUAGUCACUAUGUAUAUGAAGCACAAGUGAUGGUGCAGCGUAGAACGUAUGAAAUGGCUGCUUUUUUUUUAUUAUUUAUCGCUUUAGAAUGUGCCAUAACAUUUAGCAUUAUCUAGAAGUGCUGCAGUGCACACUUAAGCAAUGAAUUGACUGUAAGUUUAAGUUUCCCAUAUGAAUUUGUAGUUUUUAGCAAUGUUUCCUAUACUUUCUUUGCACUUUUAUUUACCAUUCACACCAAAAAAGCAAUCCAAAGAUAUUUUUGCCAAAAGCUUGCUUAAAUAAGCAAUAAUUUAAGUUCAGUAUUUUAAGUUAGCUUAUCACCAAAGCAUUUAUUAUCACUUUUAACUGUGUAUGAACUUUUUUCUUUGUUUAUAUUUUUUUUUGACGUCUAUCAAAUAUCGUCUAGCUCCUGUGCUUGUUUUCCCACAGAAAAUCAGCUAGUCAUCCGCAUAGUUGUCAAAAUAUUUCAUUUUCCUUUAUGCUAACAACUCUUGCCAUAUGUAGUUUUAGUCUUCUGCAUUAUAAAUUUGUAAUCAAAUUAUAUUUUGCAUAAACCAUGAAUUAAUAAAAGAUGAAGCCAAAGUUCACAUUAAGUGGAAAA